AUGUCAGAUGACGAUGAAACAUAUGAUGUUGAAGCAAUUUUAGACCGAAGAACAAAGAAAGAAUGGUCGAGAGGGAUACGAAAUAAAGUGGUAAAAGUAGUUUCAACUCCAAUUCUUCAAUUCAGCAUAGAUUCUCACAAUUAUGACGUGGACAUGGAUCCUUCACCUUUUACAGAAGCGAAAAAUGAAUUUUUUUAG